AUAUGUGUAUGUAUAACUGAUUCACUUUGUUAUAAAGCAGAAACUAACACACCAUUGUAAAGCAAUUAUACUCCAAUAAAGAUGUAAAAAAAAAUAAUAAUCACGGUCUGUUAAUCUCCUUUGUUGCCAGGAAAAACAAAACUAUCAAAAAAAACUUGACUGUGAAUGGAAGGAUGGAAAAGCAGGGCAGUAGCUACAGAGUAUAGAAGUAAGGAAGUUGUGGGGCGUUGUGUUUAUUUGUUUGUGUUAAUAUGGGAGAGACUGAGUAUAUUUAUGAGAUAAGAAGACUCCAAAGAAGUAAAAGAGAUAAAGUUACAGGAGACGACUAAUGGAACCAUGUCCUAGAGAAGAAAGAAGUUUACUUUCCUUGAAACAGAAGGGGUAGAGAUAUGGUAGGCCCAGUGAAGGGGACCACGGGCCACCCCUCCAUUACUGGGAGUAAAUAGGAAAGAUAUUCCCUUUGCCACUAUCUGUCAGAGACCAGGAGAACUAAUCCCUAUAUGAUCUUUAUCCCAUUCAUGUUUAGUUAAUGAUGUGUCAGGGCUGUGGUUCCUUUAAGCUUUUCCAGAGUAGGAACUCUCUGACCCAGUGUAAACCUGAGAUGGCAAGGAUACUCGUCAGAAUUGUUCUGUGAUGCUCUAGACUGGAGGGUCUCCAUUUAUCUCUGACUCCUAAUUAGCCUUCUCAGUUCCCCUCUAGAAGCUGAACUGCACAGACUUUUGGGUCAGGAAUAGUUACUUGGAUUUGAACUUCAACUUGGCUCUUUGAACCUGUGCACAGGCACUAGACCCACUGUUUCACAAUGCAGAGGCUUGAGAGUUGCGUCCUCAUGUGUCUGCCCUGGGCAAGGUAUUGCAAAGGAUGCACGCUACCAGAUGGUAUUACUGUGAUUAAAAACAACCACCUAGAACAUUAAAAAGUAGAACUUUUACAAUAUUUUUUAAUAAGCAGUGUAGCAACCAUCGAUAGCUUUUGAAAAACAAUGAGGCUUGCUUAUUAUUUCAUACCAAAGUACUUUAAAAAAGAGGUUAAUUACUUACAUAUUUUUUUUAAAGUCUGGUGCUCCAAAUGUAGUGAACUUUUCUGUGAUCCUAAGUGGCUAAUUAGUAGUAGAAAAUCUAGCAAGUAUUCUUUAAAAUAAAUAGUCGAUUGCCUUUAGGUAAAGGUACAUCUUACCUAUGAAUGAGAAAUCAACUGCUUUUGAAAGAGUGUAGACUGAUUAUUUUGAGAUCAUCUAUAUGGAUAUUUUCCAUUAUAUGAUUUUAUUGCUAAAAAGAUAUUAACAAUUUCAUAUUUGGGCACUUAAAAACUUGGAAACAUAAUUUUCUAAACUUCAUUAAAAUCUUAGAAAGAGAAAAGAUUUGGUGGGCUUCAAACUGUCAAAAAUAUUUAAAAUAUGAUAGUUUAAAAAUUUUGGUUUGCAAGAACAAAUGAUUUUCAAGAGGAUAAAGAGAUUUUUACCAGUUAGAUUUUAACCAGAAAUCUUUGCAUAAUUAGUAUGUGGAUGGAAAUCAAAUGUCAGUGUUUAGUAAGUACAACUAAUGAUGGCUUUAUUCCGUUUUUAAAUCAACCCAUUUCCUGAGAAGCCUUUUCUUAUGAUAGCUAUCAAUCCAAGUUUAGAAAUAAACUGAACUUAAACCAGGUCUUCAAAUUACUGUAUUUCAAAGCUUUAAACUAAGAUUAAAACAGGCAAACACAUAUUCAAUUACAUUGAUCUCAUUAAAUUUUAAAAUAAUUUUGGUAAGCACAAAAAUGUACUUCUAAUAAAAGUGUUUUUCUUAUCUUAAAAUUUUUUGUUUACGUGUUUUAUAGCGUGCAUAAUAUAUUAGUAUUUAGCAUAAAGCACAUGUAAAUUCGAUAGUGGAGACGCAUGCUUAAAAAUUGUUUUGAUGGGACGUCCUACCAAAACAGUUUGGAAACCACUGGCUUUAGGAAGCUUUAACCUCUGGUUUUGCUUUUAGUUAAUUUUCAAAGUGGAGUUCCGAUUCUGAAGCUGCUCUUGCAUACACGCGUACUAACCCAGGAAAACAAACCAAAGCCCCAAUUGGCUAAGUCUUCCCCAAACACCCUCAGGGGACGGGUUACUUGCCUCCCCCGCCACGCCGUCUGCUCUCAGGCCGCGGCAGGAGGGUGCGCGCGAGCCUCAGCCUCCGCCCGGAAGUCCAGCCUGGGAGUGCGGAGUCAGAGAUUGCACAGGGCAGCGCCAUCUGCCGGUGCUCUGAGUCACCGCCGGAAGCCGGCCCGAAAGCAAAGCGGACGUGAAGCAUCCACCAAGCUGGAAUAGCAGCGGCCACAGCAACAGCUGGAAUCUCCCAGACCUUCACUGAUGGAUGAUCUCUGUGAAGCAAAUGGCACUUUUGCCAUCAACUUAUUAAAACUGCUGGGUGAAAAGGACAACCUGCGAAACGUGUUCUUCUCUCCCCUGAGCCUCUCCUCUGCCCUGACCAUGGUCUUAAUGGGGGCCAAAGGAAACACUGCGGCACAGAUGUCCCAGGCACUUUGUUUGAACAAAGGUGGAGAUAUUCACCAAGGAUUCCAGUCACUUCUCAUGGAAUUGAACAAAUCUGGCCCUCAGUACUUGCUCAGAACUGCGAACAGACUCUUUGGGGAAAAGACAUGCGAUUUCCUGCCAGCUUUUAAGGAAUCCUGCCAGAAGUUCUAUCAGGCAGACCUGGAGGAACUGAACUUUUCUAAAGACACUGAAGAAUGCAGGAAACACGUAAAUGACUGGGUGACGGAGAAGACUGAAGGAAAGAUUUCAGAGAUACUGGGGGCUGGGGCAAUCGGUCCUCUGACUAAGCUGGUCCUCGUGAAUGCAACCUAUUUCAAAGGAAAGUGGAAUGAGCAAUUUGACAGAAAGCACACAAGGGGAAUGACCUUUAAAACCAACAAGGAGAAGAAGACAGUGCAGAUGAUGUUUAAGCAAGCUGAAUAUAAAAUGGGGUAUGUGGAGGAGGUGCACGCCCAGGUCCUGGAGCUGCCCUACGUGGAGGGGGUGCUGAGUAUGCUCAUUUUACUGCCUGAUGACAACACAGAUCUCGCUGUGGUGGAAAAGGCACUUACAUAUGAGAAGUUCAGAGCCUGGACAAAUCCAGAAAAGCUGACUAAGGAUAAAGUUCAAGUUUUUCUUCCCAGAUUAAAGCUGGAGGAGAGUUAUGACUUGGAGGCUUUUCUUCGAAGUUUAGGAAUGACUGAUGCUUUUGAGGAAGCCAAGGCCGACUUUUCUGGAAUGUCAGCCAAGAAGAACGUGCCCAUGUCCAAGGUCGUGCACAAGUGCUUUGUAGAGGUCAACGAGGAGGGCACGGAGGCAGCUGCGGCCACCGCGGUGGUCAGGAACUCCCGGUGCAGCAGAACUGAGCCAAGAUUUUGUGCAGACCACCCUUUCCUUUUCUUCAUCAGGCACCAUGAAACCAACAGCAUUUUGUUCUGCGGCAAGUUCUCUUCUCCAUAAAGAGCUGCAGUCCUUGUACGUCACUCUGCCUACCCUGCCUUACUUCAAAUUCCCUGUGACCAAAUUGAUGCGGUGGUUUGAAUGCCAAAAUAAAGUGUAAUUAUGAUAACAGGA